CCCUCCAUUUUCUCCGAGUAAACUGAGAGUUUGCAGCAAUGGCGACGAGCUUUCAUCGUCUUCCUCAGGCAUUGCAUAUGAUACCGAGAAACCCUACUCAAUCAUCGAAGAAUUUAGGGUUUUCUUCGUUUCUAUCAUGCGCACCAUCGAUGAAUUCUCGUACAUCAGUUUCUAGGCUCUCUCUGAAUCAUUCCGGCUCGAAAUUUGGGUUCUCAUUCGAUACUAGGGUGAGAAAUGAGUUUAUCGUUAGAGCAGAAGAAGGUAACACUGAAGCUGAAUCUGAAGAAGCUGUUACUGAAAUCGCUGAUACGGAAGGCAAUGUAGAAGAAGUUGGUGAAGCUAAACCUACAAGAAAACUGAGGAUCAAGCUCGGAGAUGUCAUGGGGAUACUGAACCAGAGAGCAAUUGAGGUAUCAGAGAAAGUGAGACCUGUUCCAGAAAUCAGGACAGGAGAUAUUGUAGAAAUCAAAUUGGAAGUUCCUGAGAACAAACGUAGGCUAUCUAUCUACAAAGGCAUAGUGAUGUCGAGACAAAACGCAGGCAUACACACUACCAUUCGUAUUCGGAGAAUUAUUGCCGGUAUCGGUGUUGAAAUCGUGUUUCCCAUAUACUCUCCCAACAUCAAAGAGAUAAAGGUGGUGAGUCACAGAAAAGUGAGAAGAGCAAGGCUUUACUAUCUGAGGGACAAGCUUCCUCGUCUCUCCACUUUCAAGUGACCUUCAGAGGUAGUAAUCUUCCGCUUCGUGCUCUGUUUUUGUAAGAAUUGUUUCUUUCUUUCGUAAGCCUGUAAGUCAUUGCCUGCAUAUUCUUGCGAGAAAGAAAAUCAAAGAUUUUUU